CAUUACUGAAACAACCAAGCCCUUUCCACAAAAAGCAAAGAACAAUACAAUACAAGAUGACCGAAAGCGAUAUCCUCGAACAGUCCUCCGGACUUAGCAACUACGCUCGGUAGGUUUUGGCCGGGUUUGGACGACUUGCACGACAACGAGUGCCCCUCCGUCGAAACGGAACGCCACACCUCUGACCUUUUCUCUCUCUCUCUCUCUCUCUUGCGUUCCGGCAUCGCCGCGCACAGGCCCCAGAUCGCGAUUCUGGAUUUCGGGUCUCAGUACUCGCACUUGAUUGCCCGCCGCGUCCGUGAGCUCAACGUGUACUGCGAAUUGUAUUCCUGCAAGGUUGCCGCCGAGGAACUCGGGAAGCACGAGCUGGUGGCGGUCAUCCUGAGCGGUGGGCCCUCGAGCGUCUACGACGAAGACGCCCCCCACGUCGCGGAGGGGGUCUGGAAACUCAUCGAGGAGCGAAACCUCCCCGUCCUCGGAAUUUGUUACGGAAUGCAGGAGCUGGCCCACGUCUUUGGGGGGGAGGUCCAGAAGGGAUUGAAGCACGAGUACGGGAAAUCGAUCGUCAAGCGGGUCGCCGGAUGCGAAUCCAAGAUCUUCGACGGCAUGCCGGAAGAGUUUCAGAUGUGGAUGUCCCACGGAGACAAGCUUACCAAGACACCGGUCGGUUUUGCUCCCGUUGGUAAGUGGCGAACGUCAUUUUGAUGCAGCACGGCACGGUGGGAUGCGAUGCAAUGCAAUGCAAUACAAUACAAAACAAUACAAUACAAUGCGAAAAGCGCAAAGGACGCGAACCACAACUAACCCACACAACCAUGCCGCCGAAUUCUUGUUGCAUCCCGUUUUGUCGCCGCGAACGAACCAAUUUCUCCGUACAUUCCACAAACCCGAACAAAUGCAACGGAUCCAACGCGCACGCACACACGCACACGCCGCAGCCGGAACGGACAACGCCGAGUUUGUCACCAUCGAGAACCUCGAGAAGCGCAUGUGGGGCCUCCAGUUCCACCCCGAGGUCACCCACUCCCCCCUGGGCAAGAGCAUCCUCGAGAACUUUUGCGUCAAGAUCGCCGGUGCCAAGCAGGACUGGGUGAUGGCGGACUACGCCAAGGAGUUCGUGAGGGAGGUCCGCCAGCAGGUCGGGGAGGGCCACGUGAUUGGUGCCGUGAGCGGCGGGGUCGACUCGACGGUCGCCGCCGUCCUCAUGACGCAGGCGAUCGGGGACCGCUUCCACGCCGUCAUGGUCGACAACGGGUGCCUCCGGAAGGACGAGGCCAAGAACUGCCUGGGGCGCAUGCGCGACGAGUGCCACGUGAACCUGAGGGUGGUGGACGCCUCGGACCGGUUCCUGGACAAGCUGGCGGGGGUGACCGAGCCGGAGAAAAAGCGCAAGAUCAUCGGGACGACCUUCAUCGAGAUUUUCCAGGAGGAGUCGGCCAAGAUCGAGGAGGAGAUGGGCGUGAAGUGCGAGUACCUCCUGCAGGGCACCCUGUACCCGGACGUGAUCGAGUCGAUCUCGUACAAGGGCCCGUCUGCCACGAUCAAGACCCACCACAACGUCGGCGGGCUGCCCGCCAGCAUGAGCCUGAAGCUGAUCGAGCCGAUGCGGGAGCUCUUCAAGGACGAGGUCCGCGAGCUCGGGAUGGCCAUGGGGAUCGACGAGAAGUCCGUCUGGAGGCACCCCUUCCCGGGCCCCGGCCUGGCCAUCCGCAUCCUGGGGGAGGUGACGAGGGAGCGCGUGAAGAUCCUCCAGGAGGCCGACGCGAUCGUGAUCGAGGAGCUCUACCGCUCGGGGCACUACCGCAAGAUCGGCCAGGCCUUUGUGGUCCUCCUCCCGUGCAAGACGGUGGGCGUGAUGGGGGACUCGCGCACCUACGAGAACGUUGCCAGCGUCCGGUGCGUCGAGACGACCGACUACAUGACGGCGGACUUUUACCACCUGCCCUACGACGUGAUGGGCACGAUGAGCAGCCGGGUCAUCAACGAGGUCCGGGGGAUCAACCGGCUCUGCUACGACAUUAGCUCCAAGCCCCCGGCGACGAUCGAGUGGGAAUAGGCGGCUUUGGCAGCGACCGAGCGAGUGAGCGAGCGAGCGAGAGCGGGUGCCCUUGCGUGCCGUGCCCGGUGUCUGCCCGCGGGUGCGGCGGGCACCCCGCGCGGCACAACUCAACACAACACA